GCAGAGGCCCAGUGUCACAGCAGCACCAUCAAGACUCAGGAGGAGCAGACGUCGCCGGGGAGAAGGGAGCUGUCGUUUUGUCUCUUUCUUCACAAGAUAAACUUUACUGUACAAUGUCGGAAUUUGACAGCAACCCCUUCGCCGACCCAGUGGACGUGAAUCCCUUCCAGGAUGCCUCAGUCACACAGGUCACCAGGGGAGUCACUGAAAACGUUGGGGAAUUCAACCCAUUCUCUGUAACUGAAAUGGGAAACCACUCUGGCACGACAAUCCCCAUCUCUGCUGCCUCCUCUCAACCUGCCGUACUACAGACCUCUGUGGAGCAGAGUGCACAAGCAACUGCAGCUGCUGCCCAGGCUAACCUGAUCAAACAGCAGGAAGAGCUGGAGAGGAAAGCAGCUGAGCUGGACCGCAAGGAGCAGGAGCUGCAGAACAGGAGCACAGGCAGAGAAAACACUGGAGCUAAAGAGAACAACUGGCCACCUCUUCCCUCGUUCUCCCCUGUGAAACCCUGCUUCUAUCAGGACUUUGAGGAGGAAAUCCCUGAGGAGUACCGCAGGAUCUGCAAGAGAAUGUACUACCUCUGGAUGUUCCACAGUGCUACUCUCUUCCUCAACGUGCUGGCCUGCCUGGCUUACUUCACAGCAGACUCUCAGUAUGGUGUGGACUUUGGCCUGUCCAUCCUCUGGUUCAUCCUCUUCACCCCUGUGUCUUUCAUCUGCUGGUACCGGCCCGUCUACAGAGCCUUCAGGUCUGACAGCUCCUUCAGCUUCUUUUUCUUCUUUUUUGUCUUCUUCUUCCAAGUGGCAGUGUACAUUAUCCAAUCUGUGGGGAUUCCCAAAUGGGGAAACAGUGGCUGGAUCGCAUCAAUCAGCAUGAUUGGCCAAAACUUGGCUGUGGCUGUGGUUAUGAUGGUGGUCGCUGGUUUUUUCACUGUAAACGCUGUCCUGGCUAUCAUCCUACUGAAAAUGGUCCACUCUAAGUACAGAAGGACGGGUGCCAGCUUUACUAAGGCCCAACAGGAGUUCUCCCACGGAGUCCUGACCAACCGAACUUUCCAGAAUGCUGCAGCCAGUGCUGCCACCUCCGCUGCCCAGGGAACCUUUGGCAGGAACCAGGGAAAUUAGACAGUUUCCCUCAGGCUAGUCUCUUCUCUGACAAACAUGCCAGACUAGCCAUGUCCAAACAUUCUUCAAUGGGUUUAGUGGAUAGGGGUUUGAUUAUUUAAGCGCCAAAAACCAGGUAACCUAACCACAAGCAUCAUUUCCCCAUUCUCCUGACUUUUUAAAGACACUGUGGUAUAAUACAGGUAUUGCAUGACUUGCACUAAUCCAGCUGUUACUGAAGUCUUUACCACCCUCAGCAGUACACACAAUGUUCAAACUUCAUGCUAUCAAAAUUCAAUUUAUUCUGGGAAAUGUAGGAAAUCACAAACAGAAGUUGAAUUAAGCAAGCAAAAAAAGAGGCAGACAGGGUAUGACAAAAAUGUAACAUUUAACAUAGUAGACUAAAGAUAUAUGCAUGGGGUUAGUACAAUUAUAUAAAUCCUGUCCCUGUUAAAGAUGCUGAUGAAAAGUAUUAGGAUUUUUUUCAAUCUAUGAAGAAACUGAGCAUACUUGACAUGACAAUGUUUUACCAUCAGUGAAUGAUGGUUCCACAUAGUGUAUGUAUACACAUCUUCAUUACACAGCACACAUAGAGCCUUACACAGUAACCAGCCUAUAAUUUUCCCUUAUUGUUAAUACAUGCAGUACACUUUAUUCUACCAAAUUUAAAUAAUAUUGUAGCUACCCCUAACUGGAUGCCCUGUAAAAUUAAAUCCAUCAUGUUACAUGUUAUACUACUGAUGAUGAACAUAGAACUUUGCUCACUAAAUUCUAUGUUUUCAUGUGUAUAAUACUAUAUUGGACAAGCUGAUGAUUAAUGAAGGUGAUGGGAUGAAGGUUUUUCUGUCUAAUGUUUUGAUCAGCUUAUUGAUUUAGAUUAAGUGAGACGAAAGGUUUCUCUAAGGACAAAUGAAGAAAUGGUUUAGCUGGUAUGUUCCACUUUAAUUCAUACUGUGUUGUUACAAAAACCAUUAUCAUUUCUGUCAUAGUAUGGAGUAUUACUGUGACAUAAAUGAAAGACAGGGUUCAGAUUUAUUACUGUAAAGUUACUGACACAAUAUACAAUUUAGAUGUAUUUACUGAAAUACAAAAAAAAGAACAAUAAUGAGCAGAAAGAACACAAUAUUUAUCAAUCAUCCAUUCUUUUGACUUUGUUUCAGUAGUAAUAUUGGAGACUAAAAGUCGUGUUACUGAAUAGUCACAGGUAGUUACAGGUAGUUAUCACUUUGUAUAGAUGUAACUUCAGGGCCUUCAUGCAGAUGUAACCUCCCUUCCAUGUGGGAAUUUAAGCACAAGGCUGUUGGUUAUUAGUGUUUUGUCUAAUUUUGUUUGUCUUUAAAGAGAAUAUUGUUUUAUGGUGAAGUUUCUCCUUGAUAAUCAGAAUGUAUAAUAAGGUGUGUUGUACAUAUUGGUGACUAUUUAAAACAUAUUUACUGGAGGGGUAUUUGUUGGAAAUCACUUCUCUGUCUUAACAUUUAAUAAACUGAUUUUUUUCUCUUUUGAAAAA